UUGAUGACGAAGAGUGACUUCCGGGAAUAAUUAGCACCUGUCAAACUUACUUGAGAAGGAACUGAAAGGCGAAAUUAUGAAUUGGCUUAUCGGAAACAAAUCCAAGUCAACAGCACAAUCACAAACAAAUCUCCAGGCACAUCGAACUAAACAAAUUGAUUCAUUGAAAAAAGCAAAUUUAAAUCCAAUUGAGAUAAUUCAGAACACAGAAUACAGAGUAACAUUUCGAUGUGGUAAUAAUAAUAUAACAUUAGUCAUCACACUUCCUCCACAGUUUCCACAAGAUCCACCUACCAUUACCGUAGAACCAUUGGUUAAUCAUACAUGGGUGGAUACACAAGGGAAGCUGAUUGGUUGUCCAAGUUUAAGUUCUUUUACAAUGCAUUCUAGCCUAGGCCAGAUCACACAGAGCAUUAUAGAAGAAUUCAGAAGAAGUCCACCAUCACUUGUAUCUCAAGGAUUCAAUCCUGGAGCACCGAUGCAAUACCCACAUACUGGUCUGCAGCCAGUAGCACAAGGAGGAGCCCCAGGAUAUCCAAUGUAUGGUGGAUAUAAUCCUUAUACAUCACCAAGUCUCCCACCACAGACAGUAACUACACCUACCGUUCCAUCAAGUAGUUCUGGUCCUAGUGUACCCGAUGAUGAAUUAAGGGUACCAGAUGUGUUUGCUGCCUUCCCAGAAUUAAAAACUAAAAGUCUUACAGAAUUGAAUGGAUUGUUAAAUGAAGAAGACAAAAUCUUAGAAAUGAUACAAAAAAUGUCAGAAGUAUCAAAAAUGAAGGAAGACAGAGAAAAAUUAUCUAAUGAAUGUAUAGAACUAGCUAAAGAAAAUUUAUCUAAGAAACCAAAGAUCCAACAGAUGAGACAAUGGGUUGGUGAAAAGAAUCAACUUUUUGAAAGAUCCAGGGAAGAAUUUGAGCGAGAUCAAGAGAAGCUUAUGUCACUGUCUGAUACAUUCCAUCCAACAAACAUUCAGACGAACAUGAAAGUAGCAUUAAUGGAGGCAGAGGAAGAAUCUGAAAAAGUUGUAGAUGAAUUUUUAAAUAAAAAGAUGGAGAUUGAUGAAUUUACGCAAAAGUUUCUUCAGAUAAGAAUGCAAUCACAUUGUCGGAGGGCUAAAGAAGAAAAACUAAACCAGCUAAUUCACCAGAAUCGAUUUUGAUUUGACAUUAAGAAAGAGUGAUAUAACUUUAAAAUAUAAGGAUGAGACAUUUAAAGAAAGAGUAAUGAGACAUU